AUGAAUAGGUUUCUACAGUUUUCUUCGUCAUUGAUCCGUAGACCAGUGUUUGCAAGGAAGACGUACUCGAAGUGGCUGUGGGGUCUAACUGGGGUCUCAGUGGCUACAGGUGGCUCGUUUCUGUACUGCUAUGUUAAUCAUGCAGCAUAUGAUAAAAUAUGGUUUAAAGGGAGUUAUCCAUCUGAGAUAAGGGAACUGUUGAAGACUGCGAUUUGGAAUGAGAGUAACAAGGCAAAUUUCAAUUAUGGUGAGGCAUUGAAGGUUUAUAUCAAGAUACUUAAUAGAUUGGAUGAGAAGCAAUAUAACAAAUUGAUUGAUCAUUAUACAAGGAUUGAAUUGAAGAUCGCUGAUUUACUUGAAAAACUUGAUUUAGUGGAAGACGCUAGGAACAUUUAUACUGAAUUGUUGUAUCGUUAUUUCAAUGCUUUGAAUACUCCAGGUAACGUCCCAGAGCCUUAUAGAAGUGAGAUGAUAAGGAAAGAUUUACGACUAUUGAUCAAAUCUUUGGAACUUAAUAGAGAUUUGGACCUGGGUAAAAGAAAUCUAUUGGCCCAUUUAUUACUGGUUCAAGAAGAAAUUCUCUGUAAAUCACCAGAAUUGAAGGAAUUCUUUGACAAGAGAAAGGAAAGAACUUCAAAAAGAUUAAUGAAAGCUAGUAAUGAUAAUGAAAUUGGUGUGGAUGAUGAAGACUUCAAAACUUUUGUCAAUUCAGAUAAUAUUUUAAUGGAACAGGAUGGAUCUAUGAUUCUAGAUUUGCAGAAAAAGAGUAGUGCUUGGGAACCAUUCAAAGAGGAAUUCUUUACUGCGAGAGAUCUAUAUACUGCCUAUUGUCUUUCCUCUAAGGAUAUAUCAUCUGCGUUAAGUUGUAAAAUGACUACUGUGGAGUGGAUGGUGAUGGCUGAUAUGCCUCCGGGUCAAAUAUUACUGGCACAAGCAAAUCUAGGUUCAUUAUUAUACCUUGAAGCAGAAAAAUUCGAGUCAGACUUAAGCCAGAUAAAAUCUAGAUGUGAACUUGAUCCUGCUUUGAAGCAAGAUGAUAAGAUUAUAAAGGCACUGAGAUUUUUAAACUCUAAUAAGGUAAAAUGUUUGAAAAUGGCCAAUCAAUGCUACGAUUCAGUAAUUGAUUUCUCAAAAAAGAACAAAAGGUUAAGAUUCCAUAUGGACGAUCAACUGGAUACUGCAGUUUCUCAAGCAGUUGCCCUCUCUAUAUAUGGUAAAGGUAUAUUGGAUCUUCACGGCGGCUCUUUAUUAAAAGCAGAAAGAUAUCUAAUGGAUUCCAUUAAACUUGCCAAGGAAAUUAAUUUUGCUGAAUUGCUGAAAGAAGCUGAAGAUGAGCUAGACAAAACAAGGGCGUUAAAAUUGAAAGAAGUGGAUGAUAUUGAUAAACUUAAUUAA